AUGCCUCAGUUCACUGGCUGGACCAUUUAUAGCUGCAGUUGCAACUUUAAAUCCUUCUUCAACGUGGAUACUCUCCAGGAAGUGGAUGAGCGCUACAGGCGACAGUACCUAGGGGAUUAUUACCGGGCCGAUGACAGAACUUCGUUCUACGCGAUGGCUCCUCGUCCUUGUCCUCAGUGUAUCCAAGCCGCCGCCAAGGGACAGAGCAUCAAUCCCCAUCACGAUCUUGAGACACGUUGGAAAGCUGAAUGGGCCGCUCGUCCUGCGCCUCUCACAAACCAAGAGACGGAGUCCCUCAAGCACGUGUUACACCACAUUUGCCCCCAUUUUCGGGCAGUAGGUAACCUCAAUGAGGAAACGGUGUUGAAGAGAGUGAACAGCCAGCUUCAGCUCGAGGGAGUGAACAUAUCAGAGCAGACUAGUUCUGACGACGUCAAUGAGGAAAUGAAACAACAAGUAAGCCAGAUUGUGGAAGAACAGCUGAGAACGUACCGAAGCACUAAACAUAGGAGAUCCACGGUAGUUAGAGAGUCUCUCUUACAGGAAGCUGAAUUAGCUAAGCGUAGCAGCCGGUCUCCCAAGCUCGUACAGCUGCGCCCAAAGCGAUUUGUCGCUGUGUAG